AGGUCUUCAAUUAUGCAUGUAAAAGCACAAGAAAUAAGAUCUACUCGUACUAUAUAUAGGUCUAGGACUAAUAUAUAAAUAUUGGUAUAUUUCCAUGAACCUGAAAUUACAUUACUAGCUGUUUCGCCUAUUUCAUCUUCAAAACAAGGUUUCUCAGAACAACACACAUUUGAGAAUGGCUUUCUCAGAAACUCUGGCAUCACCUGUUCUCCUUAUGAUUUUGUUAUUUUUCUUCUUAACUUCAGCCAUCAGUUGUAACACUAAUAAUGGGCCAUGCCCACCUACAUUACCAGGCACUCCCAUACUUCAAGAAACACCACCAUCUUUGCCAGGAGUGCCCAUAUUUCCGGAAACACCAACAAUAUUACCAGGAACACCAACAUAUUUCCCAGGAACCCCGGUACUUCCAAAAACGCCAGAAACACCCAUACCUUUUCUACCUGUACCGCCAAUCCUACCAUAUCCACCUACACUACCAGCAACACCGAUACCAAAUCUACCUGUAACACCGACGCUGCCUUAUCCACCUACACUACCAGCAACCCCGAUACCAAAAAACACUAACAAGAAUACGUGCCCGAAAAACGUUCUCAAGCUAGGAGUUUGUACAGAUAUGCUGGGCAGAUCAUUAGGCCAAACCUUCGGAAGCCCACCAACAACGCCAUGCUGCAAAAUCUUGGAAGGUCUUAUUGAUUUUGAGGCUGCAAUUUGUCUUUGCACUGCACUUAAGGCCAACGUGCUUGGGAUCGUCUUCGACUUCCCUAUUGCUAUCAAUAAUGUCUUCAAUCACUGUGAAAAAGACAAUCCCUCCGGUUUUCAAUGCGAAUAACUCAAAAUCCACUUGCCAGAACUACGAAAUCACCCCUUCAUAUCUCUAUUUUAGUUGAUUUCAUAUGCAGAUCCUAUUAUAAAUAACAACAUUCGGGUUUUGUUGAUGAAAAUGCAGGAUCUUCUUGGAACACAAACAAUUUGGCGGGUCCAUAUGUAAUAUAGCCAGGUUGAACUGGGAAGCUGCAUAUUGAAUUAUUUCUUUUGCUUGUGUAAUAAUAUAUCAUAUUAAUGUUUUGGCGGAUCGUUUCUGUGAAAUAAAUGCAUGCAAUCUGUGAUAGCUUGUCAUCCUGUUGUAGUUGAAUCAGUAGCCUAGCUAUUUCAACAAGUAGAUUAUUUUGUUGUUGAUGAUGUUUGUCUUUCGUCAAUGCAUGUGAAGGUGAUGAUAAAAAAGUUAAGUAUGGGCUCAAAAAUGUAGAGAAAGUACAGCACGAUGAACACACCUCUCUGUAUUGAAUAAAUUGAUUCCACUGAAGCCGUGAAGAUACUCAGAGGACCACUUUAUGUAAGGACUAAUGACCCAUCGUUAUACAAACAAUAACACUUCGAGAACGGUGAAUUACCUCCUCCUCCGCUCACUUUGUUCAAUUUUGUACAAUUUUUCUAUCAUUUUUUUUUAGAUUUAUACGAAAUAUAGUUAUUUAGACUUUCUUAAAAAAUAAUUUAAAAUAAAUUUAAAUACCGUUUUUAUAAAAAAAAAUAAAAUAAUUGAUAACAAUAUAAUUCCCAACGAACAGUCUUAAAAUGGGGCCGUUUUGGAAAAAAAUAAUAAUCGUUUGAUUAAAGUAAAGAAAUAGAGUAGAAGUGAAAAAUAAAUAAAUUAAUAAAGUGUAUGCAAAAUAAGUAGAAGAUGUGAAGGAAAAAUUAGCAUUCUCAGUUUUUAAAAGAUACUUCUUUUUAUUUACGCAAUUACUCCUACAAAUUUCAAAUAAGGAAAAACGAAGCAAUUACUCCACGUCUAGGUGGUCGUCUUUACCAACAAUAUAUGGUUGACGCAUUCUCAACCAUUGAACAAGCAAGGUUGUGGUGGUUUAGAAGAAAUCAAACUACUUUACGGUGUGAAUUAUAUAGUAACAUCAAGAGGUCUUUACAGCAGGGUACGAGUGACACAACAAACAUAGGUAAAAGCUUCAUUCUUCCAGCUGGCUUUGUCGGUUCAAGGAGAUACAUGCAGCAGAAUUUCCAAGAUGCUCUUGCAGUUUGCCGGUACAUAGGUCAUCCUGAUAUAUUCCUCACAAUGACCACAAAUCCUCUUUGGGAUGAAAUAUUGCAAAUGAUGAAACUUAUACCACAGUGUUCACCACAGAAUUCACCUGAUGUUAUAGCUCGGGUGUUUAGAUUGAAACUUGACCAACUUAUUGAUGACAUUAAGAAAAAGAACUAUUUUGGAACCUGCCUUGCAGUUAUGUAUGUUGUCGAGUUCCAGAAAAGAGGUCUUCCACAUGUUCACAUGCUGAUCUGGCUUGAUUCGGCCUCUAAACGUAAUCUGACUUCUAACGUAGACAAAUAUGUGUCAGCUGAGAUUCCAGAUCCAGAAUUGGAUCCUGUUGGUUAUCAAGCCGUCUCCGCAUUUAUGAUGCACGGACCUUGUGGUCGAGACAAUCCCAAAUGUGCAUGCAUGAAAGACUACAAGUGUACAAGACAUUUUCCCAAGAGAUUUUGCUCUGCUACUACAUUUGAUCAGUCUGGGUUCCCCAUCUAUAAAAGGCGUGAGACGGAAUUCACUGUUAAGAAGGGCAGAACGCUUUUAGGUAAUCAGUGGGUUGUUCCCUAUAAUCGUGAUCUUUUGGUUAAAUAUCAGUGCCACAUGAAUAUUGAGAUCUGUGCUCAUGCUAGAAGUCUUAAGUACCUAUUCAAAUACUGCCUCAAGGGCCAUGACAGAGCUACAGUUGAAAUAAGAGGGAAAAAAAGAAGAACUGACAAUGGAAAAGAAAUUGCAGAUGGUGAGGAUGAAAUACAGUCAUAUUUUGAUGGAAGGUACAUAUGUGCAUGUGAAGCUGCGUACCGGAUCUUUGGCUUCACUAUACAUUACCGCUCAUUGGCUGUGGAACGUCUGUCCUUUCAUUUAGAGGGUGAUAAACAAUGUACUUUCAGAUCAAGCGAGCCUGUUCACAAAGUAGCACAACGUGAAAAGGAAAAGUAUAGCCAACUUGAGGCCUACUUCAUUCUAAAUGCAUCAGAUACUAAUGCUACCAGAUUUCUAUACGAUGAAAUACCACAACACUAUGUGUGGAAUGAUUCUGACAGGAUUUGGGUUCCAAGGAAAAGAGGGAAGAAGAUUGGACGGCUUGCAUACACCCAUCAUUCAGCUGGUGAAUUGUGGUAUUUACGCCUUCUACUGACCAAGGUACGUGGUGCAACUUCAUAUGAGAGCUUGAGGACUGUAAAUGGUAAAAUUUAUAAAACAUUUCAACAAGCAUGUAAAGAAUAUGGUCUCCUGGAUGAUGACAACGAAUGGCACCAUGUACUGCAAGAAUGUUCACAAUCCGGCUUCCCCCAUCAAAUCAGACAGCUCUUUGUCCACAUAAUGGUUAAUUGCAAAGUUGCAGAUCUUAAUGAAUUGUGGACCAAACAUUGGACACAUAUGGUCGAUGACCUUAUGUUGAAACAACAAAAACUCACUGGGAACCCUCAUUUGGUCCUCAAUGAAAAGCAGCAACAAUUCUUUGCGCUUGCAGAAAUCCACACACUACUAAAAAGCAUUGGAAAAUCUCUGAAAGAUUAUAGCCAGAUGCCUCAACCACCAACGAGUUAUUUGGAUUGCAGUGCCAACAAUUUAAUUAUUGAAGAGACAAGUUAUGACACAACACAAAUGGAAGCAGACUUCAAGGAGCUUUUCUCAACAUGUAAUGAAGAACAAUUACACGUGUACAACUCUGUCAUGGAAUCAGUUCAAAAAAAGGAAGGCGGAGUUUUCUUUGUCUAUGGAAGUGGUGGGUGUGGUAAGACAUAUAUGUGGAGGACUUUAAUAUCCAAGCUACGAUCAGAGCGGAAAAUAGUUCUUCCUGUUGCAUCAUCGGGAAUUGCUGCAACGCUCAUGCCGGGAGGUCGGACUGCACAUUCAAGGUUCAAAAUCCCUAUUGUACUGGAUGAGUUAUCAAUGUGCUCAAUUUCUCACACAUCUGAUAUUGCUGAACUCAUAAAAAAAACCGACCUUAUCAUUUGGGAUGAGGCCCCAAUGCAACACCGGUUUUCUUUUGAAUGCCUCGAUCGGAGCUUGAGGGAUAUAAUGAAGGCAGUUGAUCCUGGAAGGUUCGAUUUACCCUUUGGUGGUAUCACAAUAGUUUUUGGUGGUGAUUUCAGACAGAUAUUACCUGUCAUCCCUAGAGCUGGACGUGGAGAGAUUGUUUCUUCCUGUAUUACAAAUUCAAAACUUUGGAAGAUUGCUACCGUCUUCAAGCUAAAACACAACAUGAGACUACAAAAGGGCAAAAAUGCAGAAGAGGUUAGAGCUUUGACUGAUUUUGCCAGUUGGGUGUUGGCAGUUGGUGAUGGCCAUAUUCCUACUGCAGAAAUUGUUGGUGAAAUUAAAGGUGAAGACUUGAUUGUAAUACCAGAAAGAUUCUGCCAACUAGACGGUGUCAACUCUGUUGACAAAAUGGUGGAGAGUACAUUCCCUGAUUUCUUGAGCAAUUACAAAAAUGCAGACUACUUGAGUGAACGCGCCAUUCUGUCACCAACAAAUGUAGUUGUUGGCAAUGUCAAUAGUGUUAUAGUAGACAAGAUACCAGGUGAGUGUACUUCAUAUUUUAGUGUUGACAGUGCUGAAGAUUUCCCAGGCAGUGAGAGAGAACAACUUGGAGCAUUUCCUCCUGAGUAUCUACACUCCUUCAAUAUUCCCGGAAUGCCUCUACAUGAGUUGAAGCUCAAAGUCGGAGUUGUUGUAAUGUUGAUGCGGAACCUAAAUCAGACUCUGGGCUUAUGCAAUGGUACACGCAUGAUGGUGACAAAAUGCCUGAAGCAUUGUGUUGAAUGCGAGGUAAUUUCAGGACACUACAAAGGAACGAAACAUUUCAUUCCGAGAAUGGAACUUUCACCAACAGAGACACGAUUGCCCUUUCGGAUCAUUCGAAAACAGAUGCCGCUCCAGAUUUGUUAUGCAAUGACGAUAAAUAAGUCCCAAGGUCAGUCUCUCGAGAAAGUUGGCUUAUUUCUACCCAAGGGAGUUUUCACUCAUGGACAGCUCUACGUUGCAAUUAGUCGUGUCACAUCACCAGAUGGACUCAAGAUUUUCAUCGAUGAUAUGAAUGGUAACAGCACCAACAUAACACCGAACGUAGUAUACAAGGAAAUCUUCUACAAUGUACCAGUUAUUUAGUACCAUGUUCUAUAUUCCACUUCGGUGAAGUUGGUUUCAAAUGAAUCUCAGCUACUCUGUUAAGCGCAAAGAACUAUCAUUUUUAUUAAUAGAUAUGUAAUUUAUCGGUAUGAAAUAUUACUCAACAGUUUUUUGACAUGUGUUACAUUCAAGG